AUGGUGCGCGUCUGGACGCUUGCGGGGGAGGAGUUGAUACUCUCGCCCGAUGAGACGCUCACCACGGUGAGGUGUUUGAAGCGAUGUCUGCAUGCGCGGCACGGGUGCCCUCCGCGCUUCAGGCAGCGCCUCCUGCUUCAAGGCACUUGUUUACAGGACAACCAUAUGCUGGAAUCGCAGUUGGACCUGCAGUUGGUCGUGCUCCCGCUUUGUGAGAAUUCUUUCUCCGAGGCGGAGGUCCUCCUAGAUGCGGCUGGCAAUGGAUAUGUGACCGACGUUGAGGCCUUGUUGCAGUUGGAGUGGGAUCCUGACCUGAUAACUCGCAGUGGCCAAAGGCCUCUUGUAAAGGCUGCGCGACAAGGUCACCUGGAUGUUGUGCACCUGUUGUUGGAGGCAGGCGCUGACAAAGACUUGGCCCAAAACGAUGGCAGCACUGCACUGUUGGCUGCAUCACGCCACGGCCGCACUGAGAUUGUACGCGUGCUUGUGGAAUCUGGAGCGGACUUGGACUCCAUGAACAUUUUUGGCGCCACUGCCCUCAUGGCCUCCGCAUACAAUGGUCAUUUCGAUGUGGUUCAACUGCUGGUUGACGCGGGUGCCAAUCAGGAAUUGGCAAACGCCAACGGAACCACGGCAUUGACGCUCGCAGCGCGGCGUGGCCACGUGCGAGUUUUGAGAAUUCUGAAGCCGGAGGGCAAAGGACCUCAGGGUUCAGGCGUUUAG